CGCUCGUUCUAUGUUUUUUUCUUCCCGGUUCUAUCGUUCGGUCGUUCGUCCGAUUUUGACCGCUCUCGACCACUCUCAACGAACGUUUCAUCCCCCAUGACUUUGGACGACUAUCCUCUCAAAUUUUUCGUUAUCGGUUCCUCUCGGUUUGACUUUUUUUAUCUAUUUGCUCUGAGUGGAUUCUUGGUCCUUGUCUCUUCUCCCUAUCCCAUCUCGCUCUCGUUAUCCUCUUUCGUGAUGCGCUGCGCUCUUCUCGUGAUGCGCCAGGAUGCGUCCUCUCCUUGUCGCCUCGUAAAUUUCUUCUCUCGAACAUCUCAUUACUCGGACUCGUGCAGUUACCUUGUUCGAGGCGCCGCAGCUAUGGAGAUGAAGGUGUUGAGGUCUUUCACUAUCGUUACCUUUUUGACUUGCACUUGCUUGACGUUCAGCAUCAGCGCUUAUUAUUUUAUGUUGCGAACCCACUUGAGGAUGGUGGUCUUUCCUGCAUUCACUCUUCCUAUAAUGCGGAUUUGGAAGUGAUCGAUUCGGAAAC